AUGCAGCGCUCUGGGGUCAUUGCACGGAGCAGGGGGGCACAUGCAGUGCUCUGGGGCCCUUCAUGGGGCCAGGCACGUCGAACCGAGGGGAUCCAGCCCGCAUAUCCCUCCCGAUCCCCGGUGGAUUGCGCAGCCCGCUCGCCCGCCCCUCUCCAUACCCACGUGAAUCCCGGGAGAAAGAAAGAAAAGGGAGCGGCCGCUCGCUGUCCCUUCCCACGCCGGGAGUCGAACCCGGGCCGCCUGGGUGAAAGCCAGGAAUCCUCACCGCUAGACCACGUGGGAGCGCGCCCGGCGGCUCCCCGCGGCGCCGCGCCACGGGGCGGGAUCCGGGAGGCGGGAUCCGGGGGGCGGGAUCCCGGGGGCGGGACCCGGGGGGGCGGGAUCCCGGGGGCGGGAUCCUUCUCCACCACCCCCGGAGGUACGCGCAUCAUCUACGACCGCAAGUUCCUGCUGGAGCGCCGCAACUCGCCCAUGGCGCAGACGCCGCCGGGCCACCUCCCCGACAUCCCGGGUGUCACGAGCCCCGGCUCCGGCGCCGAGGAGGCCAAGGACGAGCUCGCCAACCACGACGGGAAGCCUCCCAUGGGGGACGAGGCGCAGUUUGAGAUGGACAUGUGA